AUGGCUGACACUGUCUUCCCCGAAGUCCUCUGGGCCCAGCGAUCCUCCGUCGCCGACCCCGCCAAGAACUUCAUCUACCUGACCCUCACGGUCCCCGAUGUGCCCAAGGAUGGCCUCACCCUCGACCUCAAGCCCACCAGCCUCAGCUUUACCGGCACCUCAUCCACUCUCAAGAGGAAGUACCACGUCGAGCUCGAGUUCUGGGGCGAGAUCGACCCCGCCGAGAGCAAGAUCAACCACACUGCCAAGAACAUUGAGAUCAAGCUUCACAAGAAGGAGCUCAAGGAGGAGUACUGGCCUCGGUUGCUCAAGGAGUCUAAGCGUGUUCACUUCCUCAAGACCGACUUUGACAAGUGGGUCGACGAGGAUGAGCAGAACGAGGCUCCUGAGGAUGACUUCUCUCAGUUUGGCGGCAUGACUAACUGGAUACUACAGACGGCAUGCCUGGUAUGGGCGACAUGGGUGCUCGGAGGCGGUGCUGGUUUCCCCGGCGCCGAGGGAGCAGGUGACGACGAUGAGGGUGACGAUGAUGACGACGAGGACCUGCCCGCUCUUGAGGGUGACGACAAGAAGGAGGCUGACAAGCCCGCUGCUGCCGCCGCUGCCCCUGCGGCCACCGAGAAGAAGGACUAA